CACUUCGGGUCAUAUGACCGACGUUACGCCGAGACGUGCUGUCGUAGGCGUUGACUCGACGACUCCUCCGUACCGUUUCUCGUGAUCCCGAGCUUUCCAUUCUUUCUGUGGGGAAGAGAAACAGACCAGACGACAUCAUGGCCCUUAGCGAUGCGGACGUUCAAAAGCAGAUCAAGCAUAUGAUGGCCUUCAUAGAACAAGAGGCCAAUGAGAAGGCAGAGGAAAUAGAUGCUAAGGCAGAAGAGGAAUUUAAUAUUGAGAAGGGACGUCUGGUGCAACAGCAGCGUCUCAAGAUCAUGGAGUAUUAUGAGAAAAAAGAAAAGCAGGUUGAACUGCAAAAGAAGAUACAAUCUUCAAACAUGCUCAACCAAGCACGAUUAAAGGCUCUAAAAGUUCGAGAGGAUCAUGUUCGCAAUGUCCUUGACGAGGCUAGAAAGAGAUUAAGUGAAGUAACUCAAAAUCCUACGCGAUAUAGAGAAAUUCUUCAGUUGCUGAUUAUCCAGGGACUUUAUCAACUAACAGAGGCAAACAUUACUCUUCGUGUUCGCCAAAUUGACUUACCUAUCAUAGAAUCCAUUACUGACAGCGUUCAGCAACAGUACAAGCAGAAAAUUAAGAAAGAUGUUAUCCUGAAGAUCGAUACUGAAAAUUUCUUACCUGCUGAAAGUUGUGGAGGAGUGGAAUUAUUAGCAUCCAAAGGACGCAUAAAGAUUAGCAAUACUUUGGAAACCAGAUUAGAGCUGAUAGCGCAACAAUUGAUACCCGAAAUCCGUUCCGCGCUGUUCGGACAGAAUACAAAUCGCAAAUUUAAUGAUUAAGCUAAUUUUCUUGUUAAUCGAUUGACUUUCCAAAACAUUCCUUUUAACAGCAAAUUAUUAUUGCAUUAUCAUGUAUUAUAUAGAAUAAAACUAGCAUACGCCUUUUGUCGCGAGACUCACGCCUAAUAUUUUCAAUGAAAGUAUCUGAUAAAUUGCCGUGCAAUAUUAAUCGUUAAAAGAGUCGCAAACCAUUCUUUACAAACUCUCUUUUUAGUUUGUCAUUAAUUAUUCUAUCCUCUAUCCUUUUGAACAGGCGACUAUGAACAUAAAGUGUAUAGCAAUUAAUUCACAUGUUAAUAUUCGGUGUAAAUUUAAAAUUGGUGUUCAAAAACGAGACAAAGUGUACUUUCUCAGGUUAGGAAUGUUAACGCGAAUGAAAUAUAUAAUUAAUAAUUAAUGUUCUUGACUGCUUAUGUCGAAAAGAAUAACAAUUGCAAUUGAAUGUAGUACAGUCAAUAUAUUGUGCAGAAUCUUAAUAAACAGAAAUAUUGAAUGCGCUUUAUACGUAUAUAAAACAUUUAUAUACCUAUGGAGCAUAUCGGUAUGUUAUGUACAUUAUGUAUAAUAUAGUAAUGUAUCACAAUAUAUAUAAAUAUAUGA